AUGCUGCGAAGGCAUAACAGUGACGUGAAUCAAGUAAAGUUCAACGAGCCAAAUGCAUUAGGUAUUUUAUCUGAUACUAACUACAUUGAAGUGUCACCAUCAUGGCCAGCAGAGGAGUUAGAAAAGAGAAUGAAAGCUAUCAGCACUAUGCGCAUCUUCCCAAAUUUUGUAACUGAGGAAGAGGAGGCUUUUUUGCUUGCUGAGGUUGAGCCGCAACUCAAAAAAUUACGAUAUGAAUAUGACCAUUGGGACAAUGCCAUUGAAGGCUACCGUGAAACGGAACGCGAGUCUUGGAGUGAUCGGAACGCCGCGGUUUUGAAUCGCGUACGUGAAGUAGCGUUUUCUCGCGAGACGGUGCUGCUGCCUCGGGCGCAUGUUCUAGACCUCGCCGCCGCUGGAUAUAUUAAACCACACGUCGAUGCCGUCAGGUUCUGCGGCAACACAAUAGCUGGACUUUGUCUUCUAUCAAGCGCAGUCAUGAGACUAGUGCACGAGUCGCGACCCGAACUUCAGUUGGACGCAUUGCUUGAACGCCGCUGCCUCUAUGUCAUGAGUGGCGUGGCUCGCUACGAAUUUUCGCACGCAGUGUUGGGCGGUGAACACAGCGUGUGGCGGGAGGAGAGGUUGCCGCGGAAACGUCGCGUCGCCAUCAUCUGUCGAGAGCGGCCCAACGAUCGCGACUAA